AUUUGAAAAAUUUUGAUUUUCGUUAAUCGAAUUCAUUAGUGUGAAUUAAUAAUACGAUUAACAAUCGAUUUUCGAUCGAACAAAUUAGCAAAUUUUAUUUUCAUUUUUUCGAUGUAUCUUUUAUUGAAAUUUUGUAUCACGUGUUGGUGUUACGUUUAACGGAACGGUAAAAUAUCUUUUAUCGGCAAAACUGAAAUUAAAAAAAAAAAAAAAUGGAAAAUGUUCUUCGCCGCUUUAAUCCUUACGUUAUUUCGAAUAUAAUUCGGAUAGAUUUAAAGGACGUAGAGACGUAGUAAAUGAAAUUUUUGCUAUGAUUCAAGCGUGAUACUUGAAUUCUAGCGGUGCAACGAUUCGAUGGGGAAAAAACCGAUAAAGGCGAACGGUCGCAACGAGGUGCGAAGAGGACGUAUUUUUAUAAAGACUCGCCCCAAAAAGUGACCGCCGUUGUGGGACAAACUGUUGUGCUGUUGUGUCGUGUUAAGAAUCUGGGAAAUAGAACAGUGAGUUUCACGUUUCUUUGAAUAGUAGUGUCACUUUGCACGCUUCGCAAUUACGUUACAGACUUUCGAAACAAUAACGAGAGGAACUUGAAUAAAACAACGUUAUUUUAUUACAACACGUUCAGUUGGAUAUUAAUGAGGUCACGUUACGCCACUUACGAUUAUUGUGCGUGAUAUAUUUCCAUUCAUAUUGUAUAUGGGAAUUAUAUAAUUUUUCAUAAUUAUAUAUUUUACAUUCAUUGUAUAAUAAUAAGAAGUGAAUCAUUUCAAAAACUUAUAUUACUUAUAUUACUGCGAAUUGGUGAAUUAAGAUCCCAUGUUAUUCGAAAUGGAUAAUGCCAUAGUUAAAAAGUAUAACUUUUACAACCAUGAUUAUACAAGAAAUUUCAGUAAUCGUAAUGAGUAACGUGAUGAGAAGUUUCCGAUCUCUCGGAGAAGAUCUAAAAAAUGGAACGACGAAAUAUGAAAUAACAGUUCGUUCUCGUUCGUUUCUCUAUGUGUCUUGGAUUCGAAAAAGGGACUUACACAUCUUAACGUCCAUGUCAGUGACUUAUACGAGCGACGCAAGAUUUAAGAUAGUCGGCAAUCCGGAGCACGAUGACUGGAAUCUGCGAAUAGAUUACGUUCAACCACGGGACGAUGGCAUUUACGAGUGUCAAGUUAAUGCAGAACCCAAGAUAUAUAGGGCGAUUACUUUGAAAGUUUUGGAUGUGCAGGCAAAGAUCACGGGGCCCGAGGAGGUGUACGUGAAAAAGGGAAGCACGAUCAGUUUAACAUGUAUCGUGGACGUGCAAGAUAUCUCUCCGAGUAACGUGACUUGGUACCAUGCCGGUGCGAUGAUCGAUUUCGAUGGUCCAAGGGGUGGCGUUUCCCUGGAAACGGAGAAAGGUAAGAACGGGACCACUAGCAAGCUGCUAAUAACGCGCGCCCAGCAUGACGACAGUGGUAAUUACACGUGCGUGUCGAGCAAGGUCGCUGCGAAUGUGAUGGUACACGUGUUGAACGGUGAACAUCCUGCGGCUAUGCAGCACGGCGGAACCGGGAACAUCAACAGGAGGGUGAUUUUGUUCAGCCUGGUUCUGCUAAUGGACACGAUAUUUCGGUGAACGAAACGGACGAAUUUCUUCAUUGUCCGUGCCUGUUCCCGUCAAAAAUCGUCGCCACCCGAUCGACAUCGACGAACCAAUGACGCGCAUCAGAGAAGGGGAGAGAGAGAGAGAGAUAUCCCCGUGAUUUAUGAGCUUCGACGUUCACCGUUUCGCGCGAACCAAAUUUUUCUACGAAAUCGGAAAAACACCCGCGAAAGAAGAUGAUUCGCGUCGCGCCGUCGCGCCAACGAUUUGUAUCGACAUGUAUCGAACAUGUGUGUCUUCUGACCACCAUCUGACUGUAAUAUUCUUAUAGAAUAAUAAUAAAUAUUUCGCGAUAUUCGUAUAUGUGUACGAGAAAAGAAAAAGAAAAAGGAAAAGGAAAAGAAAAGAAAAUAAGAAAAGGAUUUGUUUCAAUAGAUAAACAACAUCUGUUAAAUCGA